AAUAUCAAUGACUAAACAAUCAGUAAUAUCAGAAAGGCUUUGUGGUAUGUUCAAAUUUUGGGUACUGUUGAUACUGUUUCGAAGCGGACUUUCGACACUUGAUCGUCUUGGCGAUCAUAAAAACCUUUAGGACAUUGGAGUUUAGAGCGCUUACCUUGGGUAGGAGGACAUAAGUAAACUCCUAAAAUGAGAAGUCGAUAGAUGAUGGAUGGGCUUAGUCCUAUCCUGACAAUCCGAAUAAAUCUGACCUGCCAUUAUCGGAGUUGGUUUUAUCUAUACUCAAAAGAAAUUAAAGGUCGGAAAGUUAUCGUUUUCGCUAAGCUAGUUACGUUUGUCUUUUAUUGACAAGAACGGUGGUUCUAAACGAUAUUUUCUUUCCUAGCUCAUGUUUCAUAAUACGGACGAUUUGAUUUAAUAUCGUCAUCGUGAGCAUAACAUGAAAACAAAAUUUUGCUUUUACGUUGGUGUUUACCUUUACAAUGAAUACUGAAGUACCGUCUUGCUUCGAAUUACGGCCACUUCAUUUUCAAUCGGUCAGAGCGAUAACUUCUUGCACGCGGGAAAAACAAUAUUUUCAUUCGAAAGUACCCGCAGUGCAAAGCGAUCGAAAAAUUCACUGGAUUUGACAUAUUUCGCUCUAUCGUUCUCUUUUCCUCCUAUGGCUGAGGCUUCGAGCAGGGUAUCGAGCUACCCCUUCCUCAAGCCUCUUCGUUUCCCUUGGCCCAUGGCUGUGAAAUAUGUCGCUGCGUGGACGUUAAAAACAACCGUCAGCCGUAGCGCUGUCACUUUUCAACGAAGGCUAUCUCUUUCUAACUUUAAAAUGUUUUCAAUGGAAGUUGCGGCUUUUGCAAAAAAAACAUAAACAAAUUGUUCUAGAGUGCUCAGCUGUCCAGUUGCAAAUUUCCGCAGAUUUUGGUGUGAAAAUGGCUUCGAAACGGGACUUUGAUAGCGGUAGGGUGCAACACGCCAGUAAGCGCCGUUUGCAGCAGUUGGAGUGGGAACGUUGGCUAGCAGAACAGCCGGAACCAUCCAAUCCCGCUAACCGAGCGAGUACCCUGCAAGGGAAUGACGCUGGACCGGGCCCUUCACUUCAAGGAUAUGAAGCCGGAACGGAACCGAUGGAAGUGGCCGACAAUCCCCAACCGCAGAGUGACAGCGAUGACGACAGUGUGGUUGCUGAAAGCAUCGGUGGGGACAGUGUUCCCGACGACAGCGAUCCCGGCAUCGAGACAUCGGCGCCAGAUAGUCCGUUCGGAUCAUUGUCCUAUGAGGACGGGUUGAGGCUGUGGGCACUGAAAACCGGCCAAACACACAGUGCCUUAAACCUCUUGCUGGGGCAUUUGAGGCAGCACGAUCUGGGCAGGAAAUUGCCACGGGAUGCACCGACGUUCCUGAACACGCCCGUGGCAAGAUCCACACAGUCCGCGAUUACCCCUAUCUCUGGUGGAGAGAUAUGGUACCAGGGCAUAUAAACAUGCCUUCGGUCCUAUUUUCGAUACACGCAGCCUGCCGUAGAGCGCUUUGAGGUCGACUUUUUUGUGGACGGUCUUCCGCUUUACAAAAGUAGUCGGACACAAUUCUGGCCCAUCCUCAUGGGCAUCCACAACCUGCCUAAUGCCCCGUUGAUGACGGUUGCGAUCUUUUGCGGCGAGUCAAAACCGUUAUACGCCGAGGAAUAUUUAGGACAGUUUGUGGAUGAAAUGAACGAGCUGCAGCGUGUUGGGAUAUGGAUCGGCAAACGUCAUUACACUGUGCACCUGCGAAGUAUCAUAGCAGAUUCUCCGGCGCGUGCAUUC